AGGUAUCUCCAAGCCUAUACGCGUCGCAGUGUUAUGUCGCUUUUGAGGGCCCUCGGUUUCAUUCCUAGAAAGGGGUUUGGACCGAAGGAGAGAAAGAGACAACACGAAGGGUUUCUGUUGAUGUUCAUCGGCAACAGAUCAUCGGGAGAAAAUGUCAACUUUACCGCUACCUUUAUCCAGUUAUCUCUACAAAUGGCAGCCAGCUCGGCCCAAAACACCAGUCUCUCUACAAAACCCCAUCGGCACCAGCACGGGUGCACCCCAGGCCCUGUUCCCAAGUCCCCCCUUCCCCCUUCUCGGACGGCAGUGUAUCCGUGUCCCAAUCCCGGUGCAUCAGCUCCACCACCCGUACCAGAGCCCCCUGCCGGCGACUGCGCCUCUCAUCGGUACCCCGUCGGGUCGAGAGCCCGGUCAGCAGACCGUUCUCGGAGUACCGUCCGCGGCAGGAAGUCCGAGGGUACCGCACCACCUUCACAAUGUCCUGCCGUUCACCGGUGACAUUCAUCGGCCGCCUCUCUACAGCUUCACGUCAGCUGAUUUGGACAACGUGCUGUAUGGGUACGUGGGAGCAUCAAGGAUUCGCCAGGAGCCGUUCUGUGGCUUGAAGUGUGCACUGACUGACUUGCGAUUCCACGACACCACGGAUAGGAGAGGUGGAUCCGUUUUUGCUCUACCGCCCCCAUCGGACAAUGCUGGGAAGAGCGACCGAGAGACACUUGACAACGAGAGGGCGCCCUCUGAGAAGACCACUCCUCGACGUCCAUCGUUGGACAUCGAGACCGUCAGUCAUCCAGAAGGUAUUUCUAUAACACAGACUGUCGUUGGUGGCGCACCUCACUACAGCGUGUUCUGUCAGAGCACCAUGAUACCAAAGGGGUCGCGCUUUGGUCCCUUCACUGGUCGCAUCAUUAACCCCAGUGAGAUCAAGAACAAUGACGACACAAGCUUCAUGUGGGAGAUUUUUCACGACGGCAAGUUGAGCCACUUUGUCGACGGGCGUAACGGAACGAGCAACUGGCUCUGUUUCGUCAACUGCGCACGCCACGCCAAAGAGCAGAACCUAAUUGCCUCGCAGUGUGGAGAAUUUAUCUACUACGAAGCGUGUAAAGAUAUACCAAGGGGAACGGAGCUAUUGGUUUGGUACGGCGACAGCUACCGGCAGUUCAUGGGUAUCCCAUUGGCUCUGAAGGGAAUGACGCUAAGCAAGAGCCCUGCGGCAAAGGAAGACCUACAGAACAAAGAGGGUUACAAGUGCGACCGAUGUGGGAAGGUGUUCUCUUACGAGGACUACCGGGACAAACAUCUCAAGUACACCCGUUGCGUGGACAGGGGAGACCGUAAGUUCCCCUGUCACCUCUGCAGCCGGUCAUUUGAGAAGAGGGACCGUCUGCGAAUUCACAUUCUUCACGUUCACCAGAAACACCGGCCUCAUAAGUGCGUCACCUGCGGCAAGAGCUUCUCACAGUCGUCGAGCCUUAACAAGCACAUGCGUGUACACAGCGGUGAGCGACCGUAUAAAUGCGUCUACUGCAGUAAGGCGUUUACUGCCUCCAGCAUUCUACGAACACACAUCCGGCAACACUCAGGGGAGAAACCCUUUAAAUGUAAGCACUGCGGCAAAGCAUUCGCAUCCCACGCGGCCCACGACAGUCACGUCCGACGGACACACGCCAUUAAAGACAAACCUUGCGAGUGUCAUGUCUGCGGCAAAGCAUUCUCCAAUAGCAACGAACUGAAAUAUCACAUGAACAUACACUCGGGUGAAACACAAUACAGUUGCAUGGAGUGCGGGUUGGGCUUCACUAGUGCUGCCUUAAGAGACCACCACAGCGCCCGGUCAGAGUGCUGCAUCAAGAGCAGCCAAAUCACCCUCCUGUAAAAAUUCUGCAAGUAAAAUUACCACAAGUGAUUUCACAAAGAGUUGAGAUUGGUCUUAACUUCAAAUCGAUCGUAAUUGCUAAAAAGUAAUACUAUGUGAUGUCCAAUUACAAAUCACCAAUGGUUAUGUCCCCAGUUAACGCUUAAAUGCAGUGGACACUAUUGGUAAUUACUCAAAAUAAUUAUCAGCAUAAAACCUUACUUGGA